CCUCGCCGAACGCGAUCUUCGCCGCCAAUGACGCGUCCGUUGUGUGAGAUGCAUCUGCCCACCUGAACCGCAGUUCCGCCAGGUAUGUGUGCCAUCACACCCAUAACACCACAGCCCUCCUCUCUGUUGUCUUCCUCAGCUAGUGCGGCAUCUCUCCAUCCAUCCAUCCCAUCAACACCAAUAUGAUAUCAACGCUCCCAAUGCGGCGGGCCUUUCUAUUCACAGUCGCUAUUGCCUCGUGGCUGAGGCCAUUCAGUGGCGCUCUCCGCGUGCAGUGGGACGGCACGGAGCGGAUCAGCAUGAAUACCAACGGCAAAUCCCGGGAGCCGCUGCAGCAGCAGCUGAGAAACAUCGAGAAUGCUGUAAUGGUUGGUCCUUUGGCCGUGGGAGACCCCCCGCAGGCCCUCAACUGCGUGUUUGACACGGGGAGUUUUGACCUUAUGGUCAGUUCAAGACAGUGUGAAGCCUGUCUGCAGAGCGGCUCGGAUGUGUUCGACGCCACCAAGUCGAAAACGUUCAAGCCGGCCGACAAGGCGGACGACAAGAACGAGGCUAUGGUCAAGUUCGGGAGUGGGAUUGUGCAUGCGACCAAGGGAUUCGACCAGGUGGUGAUCCCUGACAGCUGCCCAAAGCCGAAGGGAACGAUGAAGCUCGAGGCCGCCAAGUGCUCUCUCGUCACCAAAGAGGCCUUCCCCGUGUGGCAGAUUGCUGACCACACAAGUGAGCACCCACACACAUGAGAGGGAGGAAGGGAGGCAAGAAUGUCCAUUGGAUGGAUGGAUGGAUGUCUGCAUCUGUUUCCUUCUGUCUCCUUCUCUCUGGUCAGUCAGCGCCUUGGAGGCGGCCAACAUCACGGCCAUCGCUGGCAUGCCCUGGAGCCGUCCCGACGACGAGAACAUGCUCGCCCAAAUGGGCGUCCACACCGUCAGCUUCUGUAUCGACAAAUCAGCCGCCCCACAAGCCAACACCAAGGACAAGAAGAUGCACCAAACCCACGAGCAACACGAGACCAUCGUCCUCGAUCAGCGGAGCCUGCAGGGAAACCCAGGAGGGCCCAUCGAGGUCCCGUCAGGCAAUCUGCCGGCAUCUGCCACGCCCCCGGGGUAUCUCACGUGGAACGACAACGCGCAGCAGAAGUGCCCUGGGCUGUUCAAGACCCUCGACGUGCAGGGGAAGGUGCACUGGGCGGUGAAUAUGACGGGCAUCGGCUUGCGCCUGAGUGACGGGACUGAGAAAGCCAUAUCCUGCCACAGUGCCGACAGCAACGGCAACUUCUGUGGGUGAGAGAGAGAGAGAGAGAGAGAUGGAUGAACGGUUGGGUGCAAGGAUGGAUGGAUGGAUGUGUGGUGUGGUGUGGUGUGUUCUGUCCGCAUCAGUGCUGUGAUAGACACGGGGACGUCUCUGUUGACAGGCCCAGAGGAGGCCGUCAGCUCCCUGCUGCACCACCUCUCAACCUUCUCGCCGGAGUCUGACGGCAUCGACGAGGCAAGAAAACACAGCACAACACAACUCAAUACAACAUCAGCAUCAGUACUCGUGGAGGGGAGGGCCUUUCGUUGCGUCUAUUUCUUUCUUGUCAUUCGUGUCAGGGGUGCCGUUCUCUCGACAAGUUCCCGAAUAUCUUCAUAGAGGUCGGCGGACACAAGCUGGAGCUGCCGCCAGAGCACUACAUGGGUCAGUGGGGCGGGGGGGCGAGUGAGUGCACCACCAGAAGGCCAAAUGCAGUGGGGGUGUGGAUGGAUGGAAGGCCCAUGUGCGUCUCUCUCUCUGUAUCCCUUUGUGUCAGGCAAGUUCCCGGCCGAGGUAGUCGAGUACCAUGGAUUUUUCGACUUGGUCAAGAAUGGAGCUAGAAGGUAAGGAAGGUGACACACACAUAGGGUGGGUGCCAUCAUGUCUGUCUGUCUGUCUGUCUGUGGUCUUUUGCUCCUGCAGGAAGGAAGUGACGGUAUGUGUGCCGGCCUUCAUCUCUCUCGACAUGGAUAGCGCAAACAUGGGUGAGACAUACAGACAGACAGACAGACAGGCAGAGGGAGAGACCUAAUGGCCUCACACACACCUGCCCUUGUCUUCUCUCUCUCUCUCUCUCUCUCUUUCAGGAAAGGUGUUCAUAUUGGGUUUGCCCAUCUUCUGUCAGUUCUACGCGGUCUUCAAUCGUCUGGACAAGACCAUAGGCCUCCACCAGCAGGACGGAUGCGACCCUUGUGCCGGCCACUCGGCCGCUCUCCACGCGGCAUCAACAGACACCCAGCAGCAGCAGCAGAAGCACCACCGCAAGGCGUCCAAGAGCCCCAGAGCGUUCAGUAGAGCCCCCAAGGCCGCCGGCACCGGCAAGAGCCUGCACGAGGUGCCUGUGCGCAUCAGCGAGAUCGCGCCCAUUUCGCCCAAGAGACGCCAUCAGGAGAGGGUGUGCGGGCUCAAGCUAGACAAGAAGGAGGAUUUCUCGCUGGCUCAGUCGGCCACCAACACCACUAGCAGCGGCAGGGGGCCGAGCACUUUGUAUGCGCAUGUGCGUGGCGGACGUGUGUACGAUUUCGGCGAGUCGCGUGUGCACAUCCGGCUGCCCCUGUGGGCCCAGGAUGGCCUCACGGGGGUGCUCCUGUGACCAUAUCACAGACAGGCAUGUACACAGAAAUGGAUGGAUGGAUCAGUGAGAUGCAUCACUAUCGCUCACUUCAUGUGAAUUGUGCAUCGCUAGUGCAUGGGUGUGUCUAUGUCCGUUUGUGUGUGUGUGUGUGUGUGUGUGUGACGGUGUCUGCGUGGAUGGACG